AUUGACUGUCUGUCUGUCACCAACCGCCACUACCCAUCCUCCCCCACCGACCUCGCAUUCCCACGCGCACAACGUCACGCAAGCUUAUUUGGCGCAUCAGGCACUGUACAAGCAUUCGACAAAGAGACACACGCACAAAGAGAACGAGUCAGUGAAAGGAAACACGAUACGGCCCCGAGACUGGGUGACGCCAUCAACCAACCAUCUACGUAGAGAAAGAGAGAGCCAAAACAAAACAAAAAACCAAGAGAAAAGAAGGAAGAAAGCCUGCCUCUACUCACACGUCGCAGAUAGCGCAGGGCGAGGCACAGGAUAUAACCAACGACGACCAUGGCGAAUGUCGGCAGCGUUUCCGACGACAUCGCCGCCGCCGCCGCCGCCGCCGCCGCCGCCGCCGCCGCUGCUGUGGGCGCGGCAGAGCGGCAGCAACCGCAACGGCAGCAGCAGCAGAAGCAGGACGAGACAAGGACGACGACAAUGACGAGCUCCCCUCCGCCGUCCCCGUCGGCGAUCCCGCUGCUACUACCGCGGGUGACGAUUCAGUUCUGCACGCAGUGCAAAUGGAUGCUUCGCGCCGCCUACUACGCCCAAGAGCUACUCUCCACGUUUGGCCUAUCCCUAGGCGAAGUCGCCCUGCAGCCCUCCACGGGCGGCACCUUUGUCGUCACCAUCGUCCACCAACAACAAAGCGGCAGCGCCGUGGCCGGCGACGAGGACCAUGCCGCUGUCACCAACACCAACAUCACCAGCACUACUGCCACUACUACCACUGCCGGUACCUUCCCCGGCGGCAGCGACGGCGCCGCCGCCAUGAGCACCGUCCUCUGGGACCGCAAGGUCGACGGCGGCUUCCCCGAGACAAAGGAGCUCAAGCGCCGCGUGCGGGACGUCAUCGAGCCCGGGAGGGACCUCGGGCACGUGGACCGGCACCACGGCCCACCCACGGCGGCGGCUACGGCUACGACUGAGACUGGGACUGAGACUGGGACUAGGGAUGGGACGCAGGUCGGAACUGGCACGAUGCCGGUCGCGGCAUCUGCGCAAAAGUGCGAGGACUGCGCGCCGUAAAGAGGCGAGACUAGGCUGGCCGAGUCGCACGGCGUAUCCCCCACCUUUGCAAUAUAGCCCAGGGGCGAAUAGUCCGGCAAAGUUUUCGACAGUGCGUGCGACUGCUUCAUGGAUGCUGCGGAGCGGACUCCACCAUCUGCUAUUACAAACUGCUCGCAACCCCGGUAUAUGGCGGACCAGCGCAUAAACAUUGUCACUCAGGCGGCCUUUUCACCUACCCCUUCGAGCUGCAGUUAUGGCAUGCUUGGUGAUGAAUGUCUGAAUUUUUAUCUGUGAGCUAAGAAACAGC